UCGGGUUUGUUGGGUGUAUUGUUCAAGCGUGAAUAAGCAAAUCUAGCACAGUGGUGUUUGCCCAUCGCAUAUUCAUUUGGCGGAUAGAUGCGGCGGGUUUUGUGUACAUUUCUUUGAACGCCAUUACGUGACCGGUGGUUUUAUUGUUUUUAUAACAGCACAUUUUUACAGUGUGUCACGGAAGGCUUGGUAGCCAUUUUGAAUUGCAUUAUGUCAUGGCUGGAGUGAGGAUGCAUGGGCAAUGCAGUGCAGUAGAGAGACUUGAACUUUCCCUGUUGGAAUAGACCUCUCUGUUUGACUGAAGGAGAAUAUGAAAUACUCCGUUUAAAAAUUAUGAAGAUUUUAUUCCAGUAUUUAUAUUAUUAUUCCUUGCUUAUUUUUUAUAUAAUUAUUUUAAUAUCAAAUGUUUAUGCAAAUAAGUAAAUAUAAUAAACAUAACUUAUAAUAUGCACAUAUAUAAAAUGUUUUUAAAUAUGUAUUUUUAAAAAUUCAUAUUUUCUCCCAAAAUGAUAUGACCAAAUUUCAGAACAUUUUGAACAAUAAAACAUAGUGGAUGUUGUGCAGCAACAGUAUGUAUUCCUUUGACAUUAAAUGUGAAAGACAAAAGUUCAGUUUUUAAGUUUUGUAUAAAAACUUGUGCAUUCCGAUGUGUAUUAAGUCCAUUUUCGCACCAGACUUGCAAAUGAAGGAGCAAUUAUUUGAGUUUUCUCUGUGAUGUCAGUGGGCUGCUUUUCUAAAGCAAUGUUUGCAAUAUUUUUGAAUCUGUUAAAGUUGGGUCCUUUUUCCAAAGCAUCGUGUAUUUUUCAUCAGCUUUUCUCACCUCAGUGUCUUCUUCACAUUUCAGCUUUUGUGGAAGAGGAGCUAACAGCACAUGAGUCUAUUUUUGGACUGAGAGUCUAUCACGGGAAGGACAUUUUAGCACUAAGGUUCUGAAAUCAGGUUCAGGUGCCAAUUUCUGGUGUACGGUGACAAUGGCACUUCUCAUCAAAUCACUUUAUUUUAAUAAAGAUUUGCCUUCUCGUUUUACUAUUGCUGCAGCUUAUUGAAGCCAAAUUAAAUAUGUCUAAAUGUUGAUUUAUAAAUAGAGGGUAAGCUUCAUUUCAAGAGGCUUAAUAAAAUGAGUGGCUGUAGAGUGGUUUAUACAAACAUUAUAUUGUACAUAGAGAUUUAAAUUCUGCAAAUGUAAAAUUUAGUACAUUUACAAGUAGGCCUAGAUUAUGUAUUAAGAUGAAGCAUAAGAAUUCUUUAAUUUACUCUUCCUUAUGUAAUUCCAAAAUUAUAUAUUUGAGAAAUGUUUCACCAAAAAGUCAAUGGUUACUAAAAAGUUUGUUUUGAACAUUUCCUUCUAUAUUUAAUGGGAGUAAAAAAAAAUGUGUACAAAUUUGGAAAGAUAUAAUGUAAUGUUCAAUCAAAAUAAAAAUGCUGCCCAUACUCAAGAAUGAAUUUCUUCUGCUGAACACACACAAAUGUAUUUUGAAGAAUGUGAGCAACCAAACAGAUGUUGGUCCGCACAGACUUCCAUAGUAUGAAAAAAAAUAAUUCAGUCAAUUAGGACCAGAAACUGCCAGGCAACAUUUUUUUAAAAUAUCUUCUUUUGUGUUCAGCAGAACAAAUACAUUACAAUAACACUUUACUAUAAGGUGUCAUUUGUUAACAUCGAUUAAUGUAUGAACUAACAUCAACAAACAAAGGACAAUGCAUUAUUACACUUAACAUUUGUUCCCAAGUGCACAUCAGAUGCUCUCUGUCACCACUAGAUGGAUGUAAUGACAUUCUAUUAGCUUAAGGCUGGUCAGUGGCUCACUAUGGCAACCUCAGUACACAGUAGAGACAGGAAUCAUUGUUCAGUGGAUCAUUACUAGGUACAGAACAAAAAUUGCAACAGUUUUCAAGUGUGUUCUGGGAAUCAAGAAAGAUUAUUCUGUCAGAGUUGACAAUGUCGUCAAGCCCCGAAGUAUCUCGCAGCCAAAGUGUCCUACCCUUGUUAAUGGGUAAAGGCAGAAAUGUCACCUUCGUUUUGGACUCCUCUGUGGGAAUGAAUGGCUUUCUAGGACCAGUGAAGAAUCUCAUUAUUCAAACCCUGAUUGCAAAAGCUUCACUUAGGGACUCGCUCUUUAACAUAAUCAGCUUUUCAUACAAGUCAACGCCAUGGUCUUCUCACAUGAUGCCCUGCGCUCCUGAUGUAGUCUACGAAGCCUUGAGCUGGAUCCACACAUUACAGACAAGUCCUGGCAGAGACCUCCACUCAGCACUGGCCUUAGCGUUCUCUGACCCUGCCUGUCAGUCCGUCCAUUUGGUGACCAGCGGUCUCCCAGACAACCCACCACAAUGUCUGGCUUCAUUAUCAUCCCUGGUGAUGCGCCCCGUGAAUACAUUUUACAUAUCAGACAAGACUCCCAUGAACACUGACAUAUCAGACUUCUUGCAUUGCAUCACUUCCACCACUAGAGGAAGCAGUUAUGUCACGACGAUCAACUCAGCUGGCAAUGUGGACCAGCUCAGUUUGUUGCAUUCAGCGGAUGACGUGAUUCAAAAGCCAUCACACUCAGAGGACCCAUGGCGUUCAGUGGACUUCAAUCAGGUUCAAUACUGUAACUGCUCAAGCCGUGUCUGUUCUGUACCAUGCUGGUGUUCUCCUAUGAAUCCUUUCAGUACAGUAUCAUGUGUAUCUGCAAGGGUAAUGCGGGGUGCUGAGCUUUUUCCUGGUUGCCGUGUUUUAGCCAGGAGAGAGAUAGAUGGGUUCUACUACUUGGGAACCAUCAUACAUCAGGGCAGAGGAAAUCUUUAUACGGUGGACUUUGAUAAGUUUGGACCUAAGGGAAAUACACUUAUGGAAACAUUGAAUACAGUUCAGCAAACCUGUCAGCCUGAUAUAGUUAAUCUAGCCGGUGCACACAGGCAAAGUAUCGUACCAGGAGACACUGUUCUAGCACCAUGGGAGCCAGACAUGAGACGAUAUGGGCCUGGAAGGAUUCUCUCCGGUAUGGAGCUAAGAGAUCCCCUUAAAAGUUAUGAAGGUCUUGUGGAUCUCCAGGUUCUCUUCUGGAAUGGCAUGACUAUUCACGUCCCUGAACAGCUCGCAGUAUGGAUUCCAGCCUCUCAUUACGAGCAAAUUAUCAAAGACCUCCAGCCGUAUUCAUCCCGGCCAUGUUGCCCCAGGGUUUCUCAUUUUAGCACCAUGAAUUGUUUUCAAUUCCCAUGUCACCGGUGCAGCCACCACAGUCUGUCCUCCAUUCCACCAUGCCACUGUUUAAUGAGGAGAUGCCGGCCAGUGUUCAUGUCAUAUCCACUACUGAAUAACCAAAGGAGAAAUGAGCUGGAGGGGAAAGCCGAUCAACUGCUGAAAGAACUACAGAGCUCUCAACGGACACAAGUGCCUUCAUCUUCCUCAUCAUCAACUUCAGAGUCAGAUGAGAACGAGGAUGGAAAACACAGGCCUUCAAGCUCAGAACUGGUGAGCCGAUCGGUAAACACAGAGAUUUCCUGCUUGAGAAAGCCAUACACUCACGCCGAGACCAGACCAGCCUGGAGAUACUGGAAAAAGGGUUCUGCAGAACCACAGCACAAGCAACCAGGGAGAGCAGUCAGGUCUCCAAACGUCAGCCAUUCUUGGCCUAGAGACACUGGGAAUUCUGGGAGUUAUACCGAUAACUCUAUGAUGACCAAUCACAGCUCUUUAUUUAAACUGGUUCCCGAUUCACCAAAACGAGAAGCUAAUAUGCGGGAAAUAUUUGGAUCAACUGAACAAAAGCCAUCAUCAUCACCACUAGCUAUAGCAAUCAGCUCAAAGAAAACUAAACUGAUAGUUCCACAGUUCAAUGUGCUAUGAGUAUCGU